AAUGGUGCGCUGGAGUGCUCGGUCCCGUCGGGCGGCGCGUCAGGACAAGGUUGAACUUCUGGCCAGCAACAAUAGGGUCAGUGCCGGCGAGAAUGAUACAUCCGAUAACGCCGCGUUUCGGCACUCCACGGACCUCUCCGACCACGAUGAGAUCUUUCUGAAGGGCCUGCUGCUCAGCAAUCCCAACACGCCCCACAAGGAGCUGAUGCUAAAUCCCACAGAGCCACAGCCAGUGCCAGUCUUUCUGCCCGCUCAUCUCAACAACAAACCGAUCUGUGACGAUAUCAUACGUAAAUUUUCACCCUCAAGGCGAUUGGAGUCGCGAGAACUCGCUAAACUUUUGGCCCAACCUCAUUUUCGUGCUCUCUUGCGCGCCCACGAUGAGAUAGGGUAUUUGUUCGAGCAACGUUUGAAAGCUGUCGGCGGCUCAACCACCCAACUAGAACUAGCCAGUCAACGCCCAUCUGGGAAGUAUCUCUACACGGAGGAUAUACUAAAGUGCAAGAUGCCAGUGGAGACCAUCAAGAUGGUGGGUCUGCGUCGGGACCCCAGCAAGCCCCUGGGCCUCACCGUCGAAAUGGACGAGUACAAGCAGCUGGUUAUUGCUCGGAUACUGGCUGGGGGUGUCAUCGAUAAACAGAGCAUGCUGCAUGUCGGUGAUGUUAUACUGGAGGUGAAUGGGACACCAGUGCAUUCGCCCGACGAGCUCCAGGUGGAGGUCUCUCGGGCCAAGGAGAAUCUGACCCUGAAAAUUGGGCCCAAUGUGGAUGAGGAGAUCAAGAGUGGUCGCUAUACCGUGAGUGGGGGUCAGGUAAAACAGAAUGGCAUCGCGGGUCUUGAGACGGGCAAGAAGUUAACGUGCUAUAUGCGUGCCUUGUUUGCAUAUAAUCCCUCAGAGGAUUCUUUACUGCCAUGCAGGGAUAUUGGACUGCCCUUCAAAUCGGGUGACAUUUUGCAGAUCAUCAAUGUCAAGGACCCCAAUUGGUGGCAGGCCAAGAAUAUAACCGCGGAAUCGGAUAAAAUUGGUCUAAUUCCCUCACAAGAGUUGGAGGAGCGGCGUAAAGCCUUUGUGGCACCCGAGGCGGACUAUGUGCACAAAAUUGGAAUCUGUGGCACGAGGAUCUCCAAACGAAAGCGAAAGACCAUGUACCGUUCCGUGGCCAAUUGCGAGUUCGAUAAGGCGGAACUUCUCCUCUAUGAGGAGGUCACCCGUAUGCCGCCGUUCCGCAGGAAAACCCUGGUACUGAUUGGCGUCUCCGGUGUGGGCAGACGCACGCUCAAAAAUCGCCUGAUCAAUAGCGAUGUGGAUAAGUUUGGAGCAGUUAUUCCUCAUACAAGUCGGCCGAAGCGCGCUUUAGAGGAGAAUGGUACAAGCUAUUGGUUUAUGGAUCGUGAGGAAAUGGAGGAGGCCGUCAAACAGAACGAGUUUCUCGAGUAUGGCGAACACAAUGGCAAUCUUUAUGGCACCCAUUUGCAGUCCAUCAAGGAUGUAAUCAAUAGCGGUCGCAUGUGCAUCCUGGACUGUGCACCAAACGCACUCAAGAUCCUUCACAAUAGCCAGGAACUGAUGCCAUUUGUUAUAUUUGUUGCGGCGCCAGGCAUGGAUCAGCUCAAGACAAUCUAUGCCGAUCGUCGGGCCACCGGUUCCAAUAGAAAUCUAUCCUUUGAUCGUCAAAGUUCCAUACGCUUCAGCUCCAGGCGGGCACGUACGCUCGAGUCGUUAGCAUCGCUUUAUGAGGAUGACGAUCUGGUUGCCACCGUCGAGGAGAGCAGCUUUGUUCAGCGAAAGUACGAGAAAUACUUCGAUAUGGUCAUUAUCAACGAGGACUUUGAUGAGACGUUCCGCCAGGUGGUGGAGACCCUCGAUCAGAUGAGCCACGAAGAUCAGUGGGUGCCCGUGAAUUGGAUCUACUAAAAUCGGAAAUCAGCCUAAGCUACAGCAUUGUCUCCUUGCAUAUACAUAUAACGAAACGAAAACAAAUUACAACAUAAAUCUCUGAAGAAUAUUCCAGUAAUUGAACCACGUCGAGUAUUUAAACUAUCUAUAUUGAUUUGAUCAGUUAUUGUUGUAUCCAAAUUUGAUUAUCUUUAUGUAUAUAUGCAUUUUUUGUAUCGUUUUUGAAAUGCUUCGAGUUUCCCUAAGUGAAAUGCCCUCCGUGUAUUCUUCGGUUUGUCCUAAAUGUAAGCCUUAUUUUACGAAACGAAUUCGUCCAUUUUACAAUCUAUAUUUUUGUUUAAUUUAUACAAAAAUCUUUAAUUGUACUUUCUCUAAUGUUUUUAUAUCCAAUUUAUAAUUUUAACGAAUCUCCUGAGUACAAGAAACAAUCCUUUCUGCCAAUAUUUCAGUUAGCAUUUAGUUUUGUUUGAAUAAAGUGUAUAAGUUAAAAGAAACUAGCUAAAUAUUGACCUUACAGCGAUGAAGAAAUAAAUGAAUUUGGCUCAAAAAU